AAGCGAAUAUAUGUGCUCUCUUAAUUCUUGGUUUUUAUAAUACAAGUUUUUAGACUUACUACUCAGCAAAUAGCCUUUUGAUUACAAUCUUUGCGAAGCUUGAGAUCUUUGCCUGUCCCUUACGCUUGCUGCAACACAUCAUACAUCCGUCGUGUAGUAGCCCGUCCUUCAUCUCCACCGACCACCGUUGGGCCUCUUACCUCCGGAUCCACGCCUAGGUGGAUACUCCUGUUGACCUGAUUAUGAAUAUCAACAGAGAAGAGGCUCUUAGAGCCAAAGAGCUAGCACAAGGUUUGAUGAAAGAGUCUGAUUUCACCGCUGCUCGUAAGCUUGCGAUGAAGGCUAACAAAAUUGACCCCACCUUGGAGAACAUGACACACAUGACAAUGGUGUGUGAUGUGCACUGCGCUGCAACAGAGAAGAUUUUCGGGAACCAGCUGAAUUGGUACGGUAUACUUCAGGUUGAUGACAUGAACGCUGAUGAUAUAGUCAUCAAGAAACAGUACAGAAGGCUGGCGCUUCUUCUCCACCCUGAUAAAAACAAGCUCCCCGGUGCUGAGUCUGCUUUUAAACUAAUUUGUCAAGCUCAGAUGAUACUUUUGGAUAAAGCUAAAAGGAAUUUUUAUGAUAUUAAACGUGAAAGAGCUUGGAGAAAGCCUGCACCUAUACCAGUGUAUAAAACCCAGCAUGUGCCGAGGAACCGUGCUCAGCGGCCUACUGAUACAGGAGGAUCAAAGACACUCGCUGCUUACAAUCUCUCACUCCAAGUUAAAAGAUCAGAUAUUGAGGAGUUCUUCAAAGAAGCUGGCCAAGUUGUUGACGUAAGACUUGGUAUAACAGAGUAUGGCAGAUUCCUCGGCGUUGGCGAGGUUGAGUUUGCAACUGCCAGAGAGGCACAAAAGGCAAUGGAAUUUCACGGUAGACCUUUGCUCGGUUGUCAAAUCCGUCUUAGGGUUUCUCAUGCGAGGGGACAAAGACCCGCACACUCCACAAAGCGGCGGCAUGGAGAAUGCGUUUGAACUAUCGUUUUUGAUGAGCCUAGACCUAACAAAAUGCUGGCGGAAGAAGCAAUGGCAGAGGAAGUGACAUUUCUAUUUUAACAACUAAUAAAAGCCUUAUUCGCAUUGUUCUCAACUCUAAUUAGCAUCCUUUUCCUUUUUUUUUGUGUAGUUUUUUCCUAAUAUGAUUCAACUUAAGUAAUUGUGCCACUGGUGUUUGUUUCUCA